UUUCGUGUGUGUGUGUGUGUUUGCGCCCACCACUUUUCCAAAUUGCAAUCUCUGGCUUCUCCACAAAUCGACUUGCAAAAUGACCACUUUUCGGAUGGCAAAAGAACAAUUUGCCACCUUGUGUUCAAGAGGGCACGUAAGAGAAGCUUUUGAAAGCUUUGUAUCAGAGAUAUGGGCAGAACCCCAUUUGUUCUCAAACCUCCUCCAAGCGUGCAUUGGGUUAAAGUCUGUUUCUUUGGGCAAGCAGCUUCACUCUUUGAUAUUAACUUCUGGUUGUUCCUCAGACAAGUUCAUUUCCAACCAUCUCCUCAACCUCUAUUCAAAAUUUGGGGAGCUUAGAGCCACUGUUGCUUUGUUUGAUCGAAUGCCCAGGAGGAACAUCAUGUCAUGUAACAUCAUGAUCAAGGCCUAUCUUGAAAUGGACGACAUCGAGAGUGCUAUGAACCUGUUUGAUGCAAUGCCUGAAAGAAAUAUUGCCACGUGGAACGCGAUGGUAACGGGUUUGGCCAAGUUUGAAAUGAAUGAGGAGUCUUUAGUCUUCUUUUCGAGAAUGAAUGAGUUAGGGUUAAUGCCAGAUAAGUACUCUUUGGGUAGAGUGCUCAGGGGAUGUGCUCAUAUAGGAGCUUUGUUUGCUGGCCAACAGGUUCAUGCCUAUGUUAUGAAAUGUGGGUUUGAGUUUAAUUUGGUUGUUGGAUGCUCUUUAGCUCAUAUGUAUAUGAAAGCUAGAAGCAUGGACGAUGGGGAGAGAGUUAUCAAUUGGAUGCCAGAUUACAAUUUGGUUGCUUGGAAUACACUUCUGGCUGGAAAAGCUCAAAAAGGGUCCUUUGAGGGAGUUCUGGAUCAAUACUGUAUGAUGAAAAAGGCAGGUUUUAGACCUGACAAGAUUACUUUUGUGAGUGUGAUCAGCUCGUGUUCGGAGUUAGCUAUCCUUGGUCAAGGGAAGCAAAUUCAUGCUGAAGCAAUUAAAGCAGGAGUUAGUUAUGAAGUUUCUGUAGUUAGUUCAUUGGUUAGUAUGUACUCUAGAUGUGGAUGUUUCCAAGAGUCGUUCAAAUCUUUUCUGGAAUGCAAAGAGCGAGAUGUUGUGUUAGGGAGUUCAAUGAUUGCUGCUUAUGGGUUUCAUGGUCAAGGAGAAGAAGCCAUCAAACUUUUCAAUCAAAUGGAACAAGAAAAUCUGCCAGUAAACGAGGUCACUUUCUUGAGCUUGCUUUAUGCUUGUAGUCAUUGUGGAAUGAAGGACAAAGGACUUGAUUUCUUUGAUGUGAUGGUGAAAAAAUAUGGACUCAAGGCUAGACUAGAACAUUAUACUUGUGUGGUUGACCUACUAGGCAGGUCUGGCUGUUUGGAGGAGGCAGAGGCCAUGAUACGAUCCAUGCCUGUAAAAGCAGACGCAAUAAUAUGGAAGACAUUAUUAUCUGCGUGUAAACUCCACAAGAAUGCUGAAAUUGGAAGAAGAGUUGCUGCAGAAGUUCUUACGAUCGAUCCUCAAGAUUCAGCUUCAUAUGUUCUACUUGCCAACAUUUAUUCUUCAACUAAGAGAUGGCAAAAUGUUUUUGAGGUAAGGAGAGCCAUGAAAGACAAGAUGGUGAAGAAAGAACCAGGCGUAAGUUGGGUAGAAGUGAAGAAUCAGGUUCACCAGUUUCAUAUGGGUGGUCAAUGCCACCCAAAACAUGUGGAAAUUAAUCAGUAUCUGGAACAAUUAACUUCAGAAAUGAAGAAUCGGGGCUAUGUACCUGAUACUAACUCUGUUUUGCAUGACAUGGACAAUGAGGAAAAAGAACACAACUUGAGGCACCAUAGUGAGAAAUUGGCAAUUGCUUUCGCUUUAAUGAGCACCCCAGUGGGAGUGCCAAUAAGAGUGAUGAAAAACUUGCGGGUUUGCAGUGAUUGUCAUGUUGCCAUCAAGUACAUAUCAGAGAUAAAAAGUGUAGAAAUUAUUGUGCGGGAUUCUAGCAGGUUUCACCAUUUCAAAAAUGGUACAUGCUCUUGUGGAGAUUAUUGGUAAUAGUUACCCUUGAUUUCCGUUUCAGAUUGUUCAUGAUGUUGCAUAAUUUUCAGUGAAUAGUCCCUCAAAAUGGCAUGUACCAGUGGUCAAAGCAGAGGGAAUCAAGAGUUACGUUCACAUGGCUUUGGAAGUUGCAAUUUCGUUGGUCUAUUUGGGUCAUGGAUCGUUAAUCAACCAAAAUUCACAACUGGCUUUCUUCUUGCACCCGGUGGGGGGGCGUGAAAUGAAUAGAACGCCCUUAAGUAAAUCCCUACUCAUCUAACAUUCACAUAGUGGUGCAACUCCAUAGUUCCAUAUCCUCUACACCUUCUAGUCCACGAAGAGCCUUCCGCCGCUGCCAAGGAGCUUCCAUUCCACCAUUGCAACUGCUGU